AUGUGCCCUUACCUCAGGUUUUCCCAGGCUUUGGCGAAUCUUCUGAAGGCAGCUUUAGUCGUGUCAGCUUUGGCAGUGAGUGUGUUGAGAACGACCUGCACUGCUCCGCUUGAGUUCCCAGAAGACUGGGAAGACGAUGCACCCGAAAUUGCCACAGCUCGGACGCCUAUGGACUUGGAGUCUGUGGAGCGGUCAAACAGGGAAGUGGCAGGUUUGAUGCGAGACAUUUUCGGAAGCGACGAUUCUCACGUCGAGAAUGUGGAAUCGAGGACAGCUUCGGCCUCGGCUGCGCCCUGUGAGCAGGCGGCUCCUUCGAUCCCCGAUCUUGACCAGGCUAUGUCGUUUGCACAUGCAGAUGCCUCUGCAGAUGGGAUUAGCUUAGCAGCUUCAGGAGAGUUUGUGUCGACCGCUGGUGUCGCUGAUGAUGCGCUGGGUUCCUUUGUAGGAGGGCUCGUCAAGCAAGAUGUUGCUAGAUUCGGCAGACUCGACGAUGGUCUUAAGCUUCCGUGGGAGAGUGAGUUCUCCAAGCUGCUUUUCGAUCCAGAUUGCAUGUGGGACCCGUUGCAAGGCCGAAAGCAGGACUCGAUUUUUCCGCCCAUCACGCGUAAUGCCCAGGCUGCCCAUCGACCUCCAGCAGGACCCAAGGAGGCUCCUUCAGGUUCGAUUUUCGCUUGGGCCAUUGCGUUGGGUGCUGCAGCUCGCGAUCCCGCCGCAGAGCGAGAGCGAAAGAGGGAGCAAGGGAUCGGAAUGUGGAGUAGGCUUGCGCUGAGGUAUUCCGAGUGCUGCUCCCUUUAUGAGUGUGUCUCUCAAGGGUUGAGUGGCAGAGAAGCGGGCUAUGAGGAUGUUUUGGUGGCUGUCUCGGCCGCUGUGGGAGUGAAGUCACCGCACGCCAUUCACAAGCGUGCUGCAUCCUUUUGGACCUUUGUUCGGUGGUUGGAUGUCCACGAGCCCUUGGCCCCAAGCAGGCUGCAUGAGGUGCAGGUGUGGAAUUUUGUGCAGUUCCUCAAGGAAACUUCUGCGCCGGCCUCCAAGGCCGCUUCGGUCCUGAGCGCUUUCAGGUUCGCUCACUUCGUGCUGGGGUUCCGGUUGUCGGGAAUCGUUGAUUCAAAGAGGAUUGCUGGUGCCACUGAACAGCAGCUUGUCAAUGUGCGCAAGCUUCGCCAGGCGAAAGAUCUUACAGUGCAGCUUAAGACCAAGCUCUUGCCGAUCUUGGUUCCCAUGAUAGGGGUCCAUGGAAAGUGUUGGAUUGACGAAGCCUUGACCGCUUUUCGGAACGCGGGGAGAAGCCUGACUUCGGUUCGGGGUCCGCUGACCUUAGCACCUGCCGACGAGUCAGGGGUCGUCUCCUCGAGGAGGUCCAUCGCUUCAGCUGAAGUGGGCAAGAUGUUGAGAGCCUUCUUGGGUUUGCCUGAGGAGGUCACCGAUCCUUCGGACCUGAAAAGCAUCUUGGGGAGGCAUGCUUCCUCAGUCAAGACAACGCAAGCCAUCUACAGCAGAGAGCUGUCGGCGGCGCCGGUGAGGCGGCUUCAGGACAUGAUUAGGGAGGUUGCAGCGGGGAACUUCUUCCCUGAUAACAGUCGCUCGAGUUACUUCCCGAGGCGAGCCGCUAGUGAUGGGGCGUUCCCGUCCAAAGGAGCUGAGAAGCCCGACCCUGUCAAAGUUGAGGUGGUCAGCAGCGACGAUUCUGAGGCAGGGAACUCUGUUUCUUCAGACAAUGAGUGCAGCGACUCUUCCCAGUCAUCGCAGUCCUCCUCCUCGUCAUCUGCGAGCGAGGCGGUUCAGCCUGCUGUUCGCAGGUGGAAGCGAGCUAAAGUCGAGGUGCCAGACCAGGUGUGGUAUGUGAACACUUCGAGUGGGGUCUUGCAUCUGCUUGCUAGCCCCGAUGAUGUUCCGAUGCUGCUCGCAUGUGGGCGACCCGUAAGUGGGAACUAUCGUGAAGCGACGAGGGCCGAAGUCAGUCGUGGCAAAGAUCGCGAAAGCCUCAGGGCGCUCGCGGACCAUGGGAUCGAUACUUUGAGCAAGCUGGCUUACUCUUGCGGUCAACCGGGCACGCCUUUGCCUCAAUCUGAGUUUGAUGACUUCAUUUCCACAGUAAUGCCGGCGGCACUCUUGGGUGAGAAAGGAAGCGUGAAGCGACUUCUUUUCGAGAGUCAGGCACUCUUGCUUAAUGACCUCAGGGAACAGGUGACCCAGCCCGAUAAGUGGUCUACACGUGACGUCCCGACAGUUGAGCGUCAGAAGAGGAUGGAAGCAGUGCGUGCCAGCAUACCGGGUGUUGUGCUUGAGGGGUCAUUGGAGCCCUCCCACGGGCUCUUGAAUGCAGCUUGUCGAAUGGAAAGAGAGGGGCAGCUUCGCUACAUAGCCCCCGAGCAGUGUGGCACUCGCAUGUAUGAGAUUCAGAAUGUCAAGGCCCAGAGUAAAGUCCUGUCUUUGGAAGAGGGCAAGUUGGCGAUUUCUGAGGAGAAAGGGUUGCCCGAAGUUGCCUGCGGGUCAGCUUUGUUAUUGCAGGAGGCUCUGAAGCGCCGAGGUGUGGCUCUCCAGUUCGCCGGUGUCGCCAGCUAUGUGGCUCAUGAACGUUAUGUGCUCAAACUCUUUGGGCAUAUGGGGCGAGAGCCCCCGCCAGGCUAUGCCAGGACCAGUGUGCACCAACUCCUUACGGCAGACAGGCAGGUUUGGACGCGAAUGAUCGAAAACGAGAUCAGUCCGAAAAGGAGUGCAGAUGGGACGUACCCUGUCGAUCGGGCUUUGCUCCCCACACUUGAGACAUUCGACGUCACUGUAGCUCUCCUUCCGCGAAAGUCAGAGGAAAGCAAGAAGAGGGUCGCCGCGCCACAUAAGCCCGGGGUUGAGAGGGAUCCCAAAAUCGCGAAGCCCCCCAAGGGCAAAGGGAAGGGCAAGAAGGGCACUUGGCAGCCCAGUGUGCCAGAGGCCAUCCGUAAGCUGGGUGGAGUUGCCGAGACUCCCGAUAAGAAGCGCAUUUGUGUUCCGGAAGGUUUUGUACCGACCGAUGACAGUGGGGCCGCUGUUACAUCAGUCACAUCGACCUCAGCUGGAGGUCAGGAUUCACCGAUGCCAGAUUCCAUUCAGCUUGAUUCGCCGGGGACAAUAUCCGUUGAGCCGGUGCACCCAGCUGAUCAGUUUUGUUCACAGCUUCGGGAAGGAAAGCUUGCCGAUGUUUUGCAAUUGAUCACCCUGCUUGAGAGUGAGACCCCAGCGAGGGGUCAAGAGGCACCAAACACUUUCUCCUGGACUUCAGGAGCAUAUGCCAAAGGACCGCUCAAAGGCGUCAGGAAACACACCUCUGUUUUCCCAGCUUGUGCGCGCUUGUUGUGUAAGCUUGUGCUGCAAACUUUUCCAGAUGCCGACUUCACUGCUGUUGCGAUUUAUAAAAACCUUCAGACUGCCUUGCAUGUCGAUGUAAAUAACGGGAUGGGGUCGCAAAACUACUUGAUUCCGAUCACCGCAUUCCAAGGAGGAGAGGUCUGGCAAAAAGGGCCUGGCAACGACAUCGUGCAGGAUGAGCUGGGGUUUAGCCUCUCUGGGUCCUUAGUUCGGGUUGCCGAUGGGCCGUGUACCCUAAACCCCCGUGAAACCCACCGCACCAUGCCUUGGACUGGCGACCGGGUGCUGCUUGUCGCCUUCAAGCCUAAUCACGCUGCAAGCUUGUCUCCGGAGUACCGCCGACGCCUGCUGGAAGCAGGGUUUCCAGAAAGUGCAUUCGAUUCAGCGUCGUGCUCUCAGGGCCGCGACUCUACCCGCCCGCGGGGUGUGGUCCCAGCCCACUUGGAUGAACUGCCUUCUAAGCCCAGCGAUAAUUCUGCUUGCAUCCCCGAUGCCGUCCCUGAUCCUGUAACCUGGUGCGACCCCUUAGUCAUUGAAUUGUUUUCGGGGUCCGGUCGGGUGACUGCCUGUCUCAAACAGUUGGGACUAUCAGCCGUCGGGGUAGAUGCUGACAAGCGCAGGGCCACCUCAACCUGCCUACAGGCCGAUCUGGCCACGCCCACAGGACAGGAGUUGUGCAUGGAGUGGCUAUCUUCGCCUAGAUUAGCCGGCCUCUUUGUGACUCCGCCUGCUCACUUGACCGGUGCUAUGGGUCAGUUCUUGGCAGCAGCCUUGCUACAUGUCCUCGGCCGAGGGGCGGUCUGCGUUUUGGCCCAGCCGGGCGAUGGGACGUUUUGGACAUCUGACUGCUGGAGCAAGGUCUCCUCCAAUUUUACUUUUGUGUCCUGCCACGAAUGCGCAUAUGAGGGCAACCACUUGAGUACAACCAUUUUCGCUGUCACCGAUCGUUCAUUUUCGAAGCUUGCUAGGUUUUGCCCGGGCAGCCCGUGCCGACAGGAGCGUAUGUCCGAAUGCAAAUUGCAUGGCGCCUACCCCGUGCGUCUGGCCAUGCAGGUGGCUUGCUGUUUUGCUCAGCACUUCGUGCGAAAGGGCUGGCGAUCGCCCCCACAAUCUUUUGAUGCUUUCGAUCCUCGCUUGGAAGUUCCUAUGUCCCGUGCUUUGGCUGGUGCCCAGCCUCGUGCCAGCAAGAUACCGCCACUAGUUAGUGAGCAUCAGCGGGUCAUAGUCUUGCAGCACCCUCCGGGGCUCGUGCUUCCCUGUCAGCCAAUGCAACGACUCAGCAAGCCGUGGCCCGUGCCGCCACAGUGUGGUGCCACCCUGGCACACAUCCCGGCAAAAGCUCAGCUGCUCCGGCACGUGCCAAUAGUCCAAGAUGGGGGGAAAGAACUGGUGAAAGUUGAUUCCUGCGAAAUGGCUUGGGGGUUACCCUGGGAGCCUGAGGAGUUCAUGCGGAAGGCGUCCGAAUCAUGUCACCCAAGGUCGAUGGGCUCUGCGCUCCCGGCCCCCUUGAAUGAUACUCUUGAAUCCUUGGACAAGUUGGGAGACGCCGAAGUCUCCGCUUUGAGGGCUAGGGUAAUCAAGGAGUGGUUGCACUUGGCGACUUCGUUGUCAUCCAAUGAAGCGGAGCUGAAGGCCAGCAUGCACCCUGAUGUUCGUGAAAUUACAGCAUCCAAACGCAUCCUUUUGUGGGAAGCUUUGCUUAAGAAAUACGAUUAUCCAGACCUGUGUGUGUCGAGCCUUCUCAAGGAAGGCGUCCCGUUAGUGGGGCAUGCGCCAAUUUCGGGAGUCUUUAAACCAAAGUUCAAGCCCAUGCAAGCCACGCCGAAGCAGGUAAGGGAGGAUUCAAAAGUUUUUCGGGAAAAGGCUAAAAAUUCCCUUAAGGCCCAGGAUCCCGCCUUGGCAGCCGAAGUUUGCACCAAGACUGAGAAGGAGCGAGAAGCAGGAUGGAUCGUUGGUCCCAUGUGCGAGUCCAGCUUGUGCGAUGGGAUCUUGGUUAGCCGUCGGUUUGGAAUCCAGCAAGGUCAGAAGGUCAGGUGCAUUGACAAUUUGACUUCGUCGGGGGUGAACCUCGCGGUGCAGGCCUAUGAGGCUCCGCAACCUCAAUCUACUGAUGUGGUUGCAUCCACGUGUCUUCGGCUGCUGAAAUCCAUCAAAAAGAGGGCAGGCAAAGUCUUGUUCAAAAUCUUAGGCAAGGCGUUCGAUCUUACUGCAGCUUACCGGCAGAUGCCAGUCCACCCAGACAGGGCCUGGGCAGCGUACAUCUGCUUCGUGCAUCCAGACACGAAUGAGCGGGUGUACUUUAGGAUGAAAGCCAUGCCCUUCGGAUCGGCAAUGGCAGUCUACGCUUUCCUUAGGAAGAGUCAUUCCUUGUGGUUCCUAGGUGCAAAGGCAUUGCUCUUGCCUUGGUCGUCGUUCUUCGACGAUUUCGUUACUUUUGCGACGACAGGGUGCUCUGCGUCGGCAGAGGCGUCAGUGACGGCAAUGUUCAAACUCCUAGGUUGGGCGUUUGCCGAGUCAGGUGAAAAAUCGAAUGACUUUGCUGAGCGUUUCCAGGCGCUUGGUAUCAUGGUCGAUUUGCGUGCAUGCCUUGAUGGCACCAUAAGCUUCAAGAACACUGCAAAGCGGGUUUCCGAGAUCAAGGCGUUCGUGGGCAAGGUGCUUGAGUCAGGUAGGUUGCCGCAUCACGAGGCACUCAGGCUCAGAGGUAGGUGCCAGUUUGCCGACUCGCAAAUCUUCGGCCGUACUGGAAAGAAGUGUUUGGGGUUGAUCACCGCGCAUGCUUACGGCUUUGACGAGGUCAUCAGUCGUGAACUCAGGAUCUCUCUCGAGAGGUUCUUGCUUCGUCUCGAGGACGGGGCCCCGCGUCUGAUCAAGAUCCUUGAGGGAGGAUCGUGGCAUGUGUACACAGAUGCUUCGUAUGAACCAGGGGCAGGAAAUAGUUUCUGCGGCCUAGGUGGGGUUUUAGUGGAUCCUAAUGGGUUACCUCGAGAAUUCUUUUCAUUCGUUUUGAGCGAAGCACAGAAAAAUUUUCUUGGUGAGCAGAAUUCUGCCCAGAUCAUAUUCCAGGCGGAGAUGCUAGCAAUGGCUGUGGCGCUAGACGUUUGGUUGGAGGACUUGACGGGGCACACGGCAAUCUUCUUUGUGGAUAAUAACGGUGUGCGUGAUGCAGCUAUCUCUGCAAAUGCCCGAGCAUCAGUCGCGAGGAGACUUCUUGAGGCGUUUCUUCAGAAAGAGCAUAGCUCAGCGAUCAUUCCUUGGUUCGCCAGGGUACCAUCCUCUUCGAACCCGGCGGAUGAACCGUCCCGGGUGGAGUGCGACAGCUUGAACUUGUUGGGGGUGCAACUCCUCAGGUCGAAUGUCUCUCGGAAAGUGGACAACUGCUUGAAGGACGUUCAGGGUCUUAAGUAA